CUCUUCCAUCUCUUCCAUCUCUUCCAUCUCUUUCAUCUCUCCCAUCUCCAUCUCCAUCUCCUUCUCCUUCUCCUCCUCUCUACUCUGAUCAUCCAACAAAGCCCUCCAUCCCCUUGAUCCCCCUUUUGGCUCUCGGACCCUCGUUGAAACUUGUCGAUUUACUGUAGUCUCUGGCCCUCUGCUCCCGCCCUCUUGCCCCUCCCCCCUUCCGGCAUCACAUUGGCCCCUUACCCUAUAUGUCGUGGAAUCAGUCUCACCCAACUCAACGCUACGCGCCAGUCCCAGGCUUCGAGGACGUGCGACCUCGGUCCAUGGCCAGCAGUCUCCCUUCUCCCAACACUCCAUCCCCCCCAGACAGUAGUAGUCGUUCUGGUCACGAACACGACGAGGUCCCCCCCGCUCACCGCGCCUCGAUCUACUCGGACCCCUUCAACGACUCUCCCAAAUCUACUCCCACACCCCCCCAAGACUCGAUGAACCCAGGCGCGCACGGACGACCCCCACACAACCAAUACAAUCGUAUGACUGAGCCAGCCAUGGCUGCAGGCGCAGGUGCUGCUGCAGGCGCUGCUGGUUACGGCGCCUACCGUGGCGCUCAGCAGCCCUACGUCCCCGAGCAGGCCUACAACAGCGGUGGCGGCGGAUACAACGCCUACCCACCAGACAGCAGCUACGGCAACGGCGGUGGCGGCUAUGGCAACGGCGGUUACAGCCAAGGCGGGUACACGCCACAGUCGACCGACGGCAUGAACGCCGACCAGCUCUGGGCCAUGGAGCGUGGCGGCUCGGCCUCAGCGGUCAAGGAGACCAACUACCAGUACCCCGAGCCUACCCAGUCGAAGAGCAGGAAGAAGUGGUGGUGGAUCAUUGGCGCCAUUAUCCUCAUCGCCGUGAUCGCUGGUGUCGUCGUGGCUGUCGUCCUCACCCAGACCAACAAGAAGGAUGGUGGCUCUUCCAAGUCGGGUACCAGCACAAACGGCACUACCAUCAAGGACCCUAACGACCCCUCCAACUUUGACAAGGAUACCCGUCUGCACCAGGUCUUCUGGGGCAUGGCUUACCAGCCAGACGGCGCUAUUCCCCCAACGUGCGGCGCGACGCUCGAGGCCGUCAUCAGAGACAUGCAGAUCGUCUCGCAGAUGACCACUCGUCUCCGCCUGUACGGUGCCAACUGCAACAUGACGGCCCUUGUCCUCGAGGCGAUCAAGCAGACCAAGGUCAACAUGACCAUUUUCCCCGCCAUCUACAUUGACAGCAACACCCAGGCUUACGAGGACCAGACGAACGCCAUCCUCGAGGCCUUGCAGACGUACGGAACCGACAACAUUGAAGGUCUCGCCGUCGGCAACGAGUGGCUCCUCAACCAGGGCAAUGUUAGCCCAACUGGCUCCAAGUACCUCCAGGGCGUACAGACGCUUCUCGGUUAUGUCAACGAGAUCAAGGCCAAGGUUCAGGCCCUUGGCCUUAGCAAAACUCUCCCCAUUGGAACAGGCGACGCCGGCUCCCUCUUCUCGAAGACCCUCGCCGAGGGCGUCGACUUCUACAUGGCCAACGUCCACCCUUGGUUCGGCAAGGUCCCCAUCGACCAGGCUGCCGGCUGGACAUGGGACUACUUUAUGAACAACGACGUCGUCUACUCCCAGGCGGCCUCCAACCAGCCUGCUAUGUACAUUGCAGAGACUGGCUGGCCUACCAAGUACACUACUCCCAAGGGCGACGACACUGGACAGACGUCGGGCAACGACCCCAGCGACGCUACCGUGGCCCAGCUGCAGACCUUCCUCGACACUUUCGUCUGCCAGGCCAACACCAACCAGACGCACUAUUUCUUCUUCGAGCCCUUCGACCAGGAGUGGAAGGAGCCGCUGUACGGUGGUGUGGAGCCUUACUGGUGAGUACUGGACGUGGAGCAGUGUGGAGCCGGUGGAGGGUGGAGGGCGCGACAGGGCGCGAGGGCGUAAGGAGAGUGUAUAGGCGCGCCUGUGGCAGUGGCUGUGCGCCGAGCCACUUGGGCGUGCGCGGGCUGGCUUAAGCCAGCUCGGAAGACGAUUCUCCGGCUUGGCCUCCGCCUGCCGAGCUUGCGCCGAGACUGCGCCGAGUCUUGGCAUCCGCACCCACGAACUGCGCUCACACCCAGGGGCAUCUUUGACAAGGACCGCGUCAUGAAGGACCUCGUGAUCCCCACGUGCACGUAGUAUAUGUUACAUUAGCCUUUUCCAUCCAUCCCUCCAUCCGUCCCCAUUCCCAUCACCCUACAUUC